AUGGUGACCGAGGGGUUGGACCUGCGAACUACCAACUUGAAGGUGUGUACGAGACUGAAUCUAGUUCAUGUUUUUAGGGAUGGUUUUUUAAAUAUUGAAGAAUUCAAAUUGUUGACACGAGCAUUAUUUAGAAAUGAUACCGGCAAAAUCUACCGGCUUGAAGAUCAACAAUUAAAAGACACUUUUAAUGUGUUUGAUUUAAAUGGAGACAGCCAUAUUGAUAAGGAGGAAUUUGCUUUCUGUUGGAAUCAUUGGAUUAAAGUUAUUGUUCGACCAAUAUCUGCUUUUCUAAUAGUAGAUGUUCAAAAUGACUUCAUCUCGGGUACUUUAAAUAUCAGCAACUGUUCUGCACAGCAAAACGGACUUGACGUCAUUGAGCCAAUCAACAAGCUUUUGGACACAGUUAAAUUUGAUGCAGUUUUCUAUUCCUUGGAUUGGCAUCCGAGUGAUCAUGUAUCGUUUAUUGAAAAUAUCGGAGAAAGAGAGUUGGAUCCAAGCAGCCCAGUGACGGCAGAAAAUGCCCAGACUUAUGAUACCGUGAUUUUUUGUGGUUCGCCUCCUCAGAAGCAGAGGCUGUGGCCAAGACAUUGUGUACAGGAUACUUGGGGAUCUGAACUGCACAAGGAUUUAAAGGUUUUCGAUAAUGCUACGAAAGUCUACAAGGGUACGAAUCCAGAUGUUGACUCUUAUUCAGUAUUUUGGGAUAAUAAGAAGAUGACUGAUACUACUUUAUGUGCACAGCUUCGGAUGCGAAAUGCAACCGACAUUUACAUUUGUGGUUUGGCCUACGAUGUAUGUGUAGGGGCUACUGCUGUGGAUGCUCUGGCAAUAGGAUAUCGAACAAUCCUCUUAGACGAUUGCAGCAGAGGCGUGGAUCUAACUGAUAUAGAAAAAACUAAAAAUACCGUAAUUACAAAUAAUGGAGUUAUAGUAAAUUCUUCCCAAGUCAAAGCGAUGGUGGAAGGUAGAGACCGCAGACCGGAAUUGGGUUACAAACUUGCUAUGGAGUUGAAAGCUACUUUAAAUGAAAGGAGGAAUUCGAACCAGGCUAGUUUCUCAGCUACAUGACUUGACUUUGACUAUUGACUAAAAUUCCACGUUUAUGCAAUUAAAUAAGGGGAAAUUUCGCGGUUAUUUGCGUGUCUAUAAUUCAAUAAUUCUAUUCAAACCUAGUCGCUAAUUUGCACAUUUCACACAAUUCAACUUUUGGGUACUUAAUUACUUAGGAACAGAUUCAACUUUUCUAUGAACUUAGCGGUAUUUGCCAGAAAGUGCCAUUAACCUGCACUGUUUGUUUAAAUUAUUUUCUAAGGAACGUGUCUAGAAUUCAUUAUCCAACUGUUAGAAUAAAUGCUAGUGUUGUAUUUCGUUCUAUGUUAACCGUAGAUUUGAGAACAUAUAAAAUAAAGUAGGUACAAGAAGAACUAGUUACAUCUUUUUUAU